AUGUUUGUCAAGAAACGUUCGGCCGUUGCAGACACAACAACAACCACUCCAUCAUCGGAGGAGAAGGAAACAACAUCAACAAGAAAGAAGAGUCUGAGAAGUUUAAUCAAAAAGAAGGCAGAAAAGAACAAGCAAGUAACAGACUCUUCCAUCCACAUGGAAGAUGAUGAUUUGAUGGACUUGCAUCAUGAUGAUGAAUCCAAAGAAACAACAACAACAACCUCUCAAACACAACAACAACAGAAGAAAAAUGUCUUGCUCAACGAUAAUCUGACAAGUAUCUUAUUCGGAGGCUAUAAAUCAAGUAUUUCAACCAAUAAUAACAACAAUAAUUCAUCCUCUUCAACACUUCUUGGAAUGAAGAAUGGAUUUGAUGCUAGCACGACAAUGACCGAUGAUGAAUUAUUUGGAGUUGCAAAGAAUGCUGAUGAUGAACACUCUCUUCGUUCCGAAAUUGAACAACAAGAAGAUUCUGAUUUAUUCUUUUAUGAGAAGCCUUCCAUUCAGACUCGGUCCAUCAUGGAGGAAGAUGAAGAAGGCUCUCAAGCUCAGCAUCAUCACGAUAGAACCUCCUCCUCAAAGCGAGCUACUCCUAUUCUUCGAUUAAAACCAGCAUGGGAAGAUGUCUACACAAAAGAAUUGAGAAUUGCCAAUGAUUAUGAUGAAGAAGAGGAUGAAGUAGAUAUGGAUGGAAUUGCACAAAGUAUUAUUAAGGGAUUUUUAAAACGAGAUCGAGAAUCAGCUGUCAUUUCUGGUGAGCAGUAUGAGAAGAAGAUGAGGAAAAUCUAUUCACACCUCUGUCCGGCACCUCAAUGGGCCAAACUCAAAGUUGCUCAAAUAGAGAGCGAGUUGGAGGAUGGAACUAAGUGUAUUCGUGAGGUUAUUAUGGAUGAACAUAACUUUAAUGGGUCUGCAGACGACAUGUUACAGAGAUCAUCUGAGAGUGCCAUUGUUCAAUCCAAGACCAUUUUGGAUCGAUUCAAACUCUCCUAUCAAAAAUUGAAUGAUAUGAAUGCUCAAGAACGUGUUGGUCAAGUAUUUAGUUUAGCAUUCCAUCCCAAGCUCAAUAUUGCGGCCGUAUUGAAUUCUGACAAGAAAAUUCGUCUCUUCACUGUCGAUGGAGAGUUGAAUCCAAUUUUAGAUCGAUUACAAAUCACUAAUCAAGGUGACAAUAAUUUGAGAAACAUCAUGUUCACUAAGGAUGGUAAAUCAUUAUUGUCUUUCCUUGAAAAAUCAGCAUACUUUCUCAUUACCGAUUUAGAUACAGGAAAAACAAGAAGAACGCAAAAGUUAUUCUCGCGAAGAACAAGAGGUGACGAAAAAGAAGGAGGCAAAUUCUUACUACACAACGCUGUUGAUGUUUCCAGUGACAACAAACUGAUUGCUAUUGCCGAUGACAUUGGAAGCAUUCUUCUCAUCUCACGAAAAACUCUCAAUAUCAAACACAUCUUUACGGCCAAUAUUUCCCAAGUGACAUGUGUGAAUUUCUCUGAAGAUUGUAAAUCUCUCUUUGUGACUGGUAAGGGCGGAAAGGUGUUUGUUUUUGAUGUUGAAAGUGAAAAGGUCAAGCACAUAUUUACCGACCAUGGUUCUAUUCAUACAAAUUUCAUUGCAGUGUCACCUGAUAUGCAAUACAUUGCCACUGGUUCUACCUCUGGAGCAGUGAAUUUGUAUCGUUGGAAUGAUGUCUUUAAUUCUCAAUCACCAAAACCACUCACCACAUUUAUGAAUUUGACGACAAGUGUGGACAUGCUGAGAUUCACUGCUGACUCGCAACUCUUAAUGUUUGCCUCAACAGAGAAAUCAAAUGCGUUCCGUUUUGCUCAUCUUGCUUCUCUCUAUGUAUAUUCUAAUUUCCCUGGUGAAAUGGGUAUGAAGAAGCAAUACAGUUACAACUGUUUAGCAAUGAGUUCUACCUCAGAAUUCCUAGCUCUAGGAUGUCAAAGUGGUCCUGUGAUUUUAUUCCAACUUCCAUACUAUUCCAAUAAAUAA